GGAGAACCACAUCAGGCGUAAGCAAGAGAAGGAGGAAGCAAGGCGGCGUGAGGAGGAGAUGCGGAUCCAUAAAGAGGAAGAAAGGACGAUCCGAGAGGAGAAGGCCAGGAAGAAGAAAGAAAGACGUAGGCGGGAAGAGGAAAGACGCGCGGAGCUUAAGAAGGAUUUGAGAUGCAAAUGGUGAUACAGCUUGGCGAGUUGGAGGACAAGUUUGUGCACCGCAUUAGGCAAGUUGCGACGGGGCUUGGGAAGGUACCUAGCAGCAAAGGCAAGGAGGCGAAAACAGAACAUGUGUGUAGCAGCGGCAGUAGUGGAAGUGAGGCGAGUAUCACUCAGGACCUGAGUGCGCGAACUGCUGACCUGGUGAUCACCGACAAGCGUAAGCGGGGACCUGACAAGGCAGUUGGGAAUAGUCCUCCGAUGGAAUCACUGGCAAAAAGGACAUUUGGGCGGAAGCAAGCAACCUUUACUGGGAGGCUGACACACGCACGUGCUAAGAUCGUAAAGUCACCUGGGUCAGCGAAGCGGAAGAAUGCGGUGUGUACACCUUUGUCGGCCUGCAAGAAGAAGAUGACACAUCUUACUACUGGCAUUGAGACUCCCCAUGUGAAGGGGUCGUUGGCGCGUUACAAGUAUCGCAAACUGAUGAUGCAUGAGCUGAAGCCGCUAGAUGCCAGUGAGCUACAGCGCAUGUGCCGCGAGGAGGGGGUGCCUUACGACGGGAAGGUGGAUGCGAUAUUCAAUAUCGCGGACCAUCGUACGUACCUGAAGUUUGAUGGGGGUGUGGCGCCAGAGCAGCAUAUCGAAACCAUCAAUAUCGAAGGUUCGGAAGCCGCCAAGCCGGAGAAGAACGAUGAUGAGGAUGACACAGCGCUCUAAUGGGACUUACGAGUGCCUCAGCUGUGGGGUAUUUGUCAAUUCCUUGCGAGUUGGAGAUGU